AUGUCUGCCAAGUCGAUCCUCGAGGCUGAUGGCAAGGCCAUUCUCAACUACCACCUCACCAGAGCUCCCGUCAUCAAGCCAACCCCAUUGGCCAAAUCUACAACCCACAACCCGCCAGCAAGACUCGCUUCUCUGCAUUUCCCCGAGGAUGCAAAUGUUAUGGAUGUUUUGAACCAGGCCGAGGUCACAUAUCCCUGGCUGCUAGCAAAGGAUGCCAAGUUCGUCGCAAAGCCAGAUCAAUUGAUUAAGCGACGAGGGAAGAGUGGCCUGCUCGCCCUGAACAAGACAUGGGCAGAGGCCAAGGAAUGGAUUGCGGCGCGAGCUGGCAAGGAGCAGCGUGUCGAGACAGUUGAUGGUUAUCUGAGGCAGUUCUUGGUCGAGCCAUUCGUUCCUCACCCUGCCAACACCGAAUACUACAUCAACAUCAACUCCGUGAGAGAGGGCGACUGGAUUCUCUUCACCCACGAGGGUGGUGUUGACGUUGGUGAUGUUGAUGCCAAAGCAGAGAAGCUCCUCAUCCCGGUCGAUCUGUCAGAAUAUCCUUCAAAUGAUGAAAUUGCGUCGACUCUUUUGAGCAAGGUUCCCAAGGGUGUACACAAUGUCCUCGUCGACUUUAUCUCAAGACUAUACGCCGUCUACGUUGACUGCCAAUUCACCUACCUCGAAAUCAACCCUCUCGUUGUUAUCCCCAACGCUGAUGCCACGUCCGCCGAAGUUCACUUCUUGGAUCUGGCUGCCAAGAUUGACCAAACUGCAGAGUUUGAGUGUGGAAGCAAAUGGGCCAUCGCCCGCAGCCCUGCCGCUCUUGGUCUGACGAACGUAGCCGCGAAAGAUGGCAAGGUCAACAUCGACGCUGGCCCACCGAUGGAGUUCCCCGCACCUUUUGGUCGUGAAAUGAGCAAAGAGGAGGCCUAUAUCUCAGAGAUGGAUGCUAAGACUGGUGCCUCACUCAAGCUUACCAUCCUCAACUCGCAAGGUCGCGUAUGGACUCUUGUCGCUGGUGGUGGCGCUUCCGUCGUGUACGCUGAUGCGAUCGCUUCCGCUGGUUUUGCCAGCGAGCUUGCAAACUACGGCGAAUACUCCGGUGCCCCGACGGAGACUCAGACUUACCACUACGCCCGUACCGUGCUUGAUCUAAUGCUUCGUGCUCCCAUGAAGGAGGAAGGCAAGGUUCUAUUCAUCGGAGGCGGUAUUGCCAACUUCACAAACGUCGCUUCGACUUUCAAGGGUGUCAUUCGCGCUCUGCGCGAAGUCGCCCCCGUCUUAAUCGAGCACAACACGUCAAUCUGGGUGCGCCGUGCAGGUCCUAACUACCAGGAAGGACUGAAGAACAUUAAGAAUGUUGCUCAGGAGCUCAAGCUCAACAUGCACGUGUAUGGCCCUGAGAUGCACGUAUCCGGCAUCGUUCCUCUCGCACUGCUCGGCAAGAAGAGCGACGUACAGGAAUUCAGCGCUUAA